GUAUACGGAAGUGGGACAUUUCCCGGAAGCAUGUUAUACAAGAAGUGAAACGAUCACAACCUCGAACUGUUACAGUAUUGUUCCCGAAGGCUGUAAUAGUGAAAUUUAGUGCAAUACAUAUACUGAAAGAUCCGGACCGGUCAGGAACACCGAUGAUAAUAGGUCCUCCCUUGGACCUAGUCGUGGCACCUCCAGGAUCUGUGACCUUCUUCCACCUUAUUGUCCAAUAGCAGCCCACCUUCGAGCCCGUCUUCCUGUGUAGCGUCUGGUCAGGGGCAUGGCAGCUCGUGGAGGAGCGGUACUGGGCAGUAACAAGAUCUGCCAGUUUAAGCUGGUGCUGCUGGGGGACACUGCCGUAGGCAAGUCCAGUGUGGUCUUACGCUUCGUCAAGGGACAGUUUCAGGAGUUCCAGGAGGCCACUAUAGGAGCUGCGUUCCUUACACAGACGGUAUGUCUGGAUGACACAACGAUAAAGUUUGAGAUCUGGGACACAGCGGGACAAGAACGAUACCACAGCCUGGCGCCCAUGUACUACAGAGGGGCUCAGGCCGCCAUUGUAGUCUUUGACAUCACCAGCACAGACAGUUUGACGCGAGCGAAGAACUGGGUGAAGGAGCUGCAGAAGCAGGCCAACCCCAACAUCGUCAUCGCCCUGGCAGGCAACAAGGCAGACCUCGCCAACAAGAGGACUGUGGAGUUCCAGGAAGCUCAAGACUACGCAGAUGAAAACAGCCUUCUGUUCAUGGAGACGUCUGCCAAGACGGCCCUGAACGUCAACGAGAUCUUCAUGGCCAUCGCUAAGAAGCUUCCAAAGAGUGAGCCUCAGGGCGGAGCCGGAUUCGCGGGCCGGAACAGAACUGGAGUGGACCUGAACGAGCCCACCUCCCAGAGCCGCAUGGGCCAGUGCUGCGGCAGGGGCAAUUAACCAAUCACGGUGGAGAACACAAACUGGCCUGCUGGAUCAAUGGGGAACAGAGACCGAUUGCAGGAGAGAUUCUUUUUUUAAUAUAUACAGUAUAUUCCGCAAAGACUUAAGCAUUUAAACUGAUCACAGUAUAAGAAUGGUAAUGAUCCUCGUAAUAAGCUAGAGGGACUACAGGCUGCUCUAUCUCCUUUCUCUCAUCUCUACCCUUUUAUACCCUUCUCUGUGAUGUUAUGGUAUUUAAAUAGAGCUUAUCUCUCCCAUGUCUUCAAGUGAUGGUUCUUAAAGGACAUUAUAAGGAUGUGGGGUCCUCUUUAUCUAUCCGGGACCUUUUCGCUCUUGUUGCUCGGAGGGAAAAAGAAAGGAUCAGGGAGAGGAGACUCUUUCUCUCUCUCGGGUCCAUAUUCUCAGCAUUGUAAAUGAUCUGUAGUUGUUUUAAUGAUGUGGGCUUUGGUUGAGUGGUGGGGUAUGAUCUGAGAGGACACUGCCUUGAGCUGGACUUCAUCACGGACUCCGCAAGAGCCACCUCCCCACAGACACACACACACACACACACACACACACACACGUACACGUCUACACAUACACAUAUACAAACAAACACACAUAUAUACACACACACGCACAUGCACACACCCAGACACAGACAUUCAUACACAUACUUUCGGCUUCAUGCUUUUCCAAUCUGUAAAAAAAUGCAUUAAAACAGUUCAGAAGUCAAGUGUAUAAACAAAGAAUUGUUUUGUAUAUUGAACAGAUAAAUUAUAUAAGCAUAUAAUCAUAUUUUGUGUGUGUCUGUGUAAGAAUCAUGAAGCACAAGGAGUUGAUGUAUCUUUUCUAUUUAAUUUACAAAUAUAUACAUACAAUUCAUAAAGAUUAUGGAAGUAA